CUCUGCGCAGUUAAGGCCUGGGUCAGGCACUGAUAAGAUUAAUUUUAUUCAUUGCCUACAUUUUAUGUAGAUCAUGUAGAUCAUGUAGUGUUAAUGAGAUUCAUAAUGUUUAUUAAUGUUAUUCAUUGCAUGUGACGUCAUAAGGUCAAUGUAUUUGCUUAGCUAGCUGCUAGAACUAUUAUAGAUUAUCUUUGGCAACAAAUACGGCGGACUAAAACAAGGUAAGAGUAGCUGUUUAGGCCCUCAAAAGAUAGAGUAUGUUGUUAUGAUUAUGUUUCCUUGAUGGGAAGUAAAAAUGUCCAAAACUUUCUUAGCUAUGCUAGCUUCUUUAGCUCUGACAGCCACCCUAGAGGUAGGCUAUUUUGUGUAUCUCAAGAAUACAAUAACUCCUACUCUUCCCAUCAAGGAUACUAGUACCUAGCUAUGAGAUGUUCAUCUAGCCUUGUUUUUGAAGCUUGAUCUUGGCAUCUUCAACGCCGUAUUUGCACUUCUCUUUCUGAAAGUGGCAUGACGUCAUCACCAUUUAUGGGACUAAUUAGCAUAAUUGAAUUAAGCUAAUUAGUUUUUUGGAAAAAGAAAACAUUGAGCUUCAUUUUGGAUCAUUUUGAUGCAGCAUACACUGUAUAUUGCAAAUAAUACAGCAGUGUGAACAUAGUGUAAAUUUUGGUAUUGAAAUCUGGACCCGGGCCUUAAGUGCGCAGAGAUCAUCACUGUCGUUCAAAUGGAAGGGACAUGGGUUAGAAAUUUAUAUAUCAGCCAACUCUCUACCCCCUGAAAUUGAUCAAUGUGCUUUGCAAAUCUAUGCCAGUCUGUCAGGGCAGUACAAAACACCUGACAACAAUGAGCUAGUCAGUGCUGUGUUUUGGUUUAGGCCUGUCCGUACUGCAACUUCGUCCAGCCUUUGACAAUUCAAAUUCGACAUUGCGCAACAAAAGCCACUCAGUGUGAAGAAGUUAUCUUUUCUUCGAGCUGUUUGUACACAAGAAUCUCUGCCGUACGCAUUCAAGAAAGUCGAGAAGAAUGAAUCGUUCUCUGAGAAGAGCUCUUAUGGCUAUAUUCAGGUCACACACUUCUCUGGUAUGGCUGUGAGUGCUCACCUACAGCCUCAUGAUAAAGUCAAGACUCUGAGGCUAUACAGUGCAAGCCUGUUCUACAUAAGGCGAGAUAUCAGAAGCUGGGAAAUCCACCUAGUUGUAACUUGGGAUGAAGAUGUCAACAAUAAUUAUUAUAAUCUCAUCAAAUUUGCCAAAUACUGUAACAAUUGCGUUGCGUGCUGGCGAUAUCUUUAAUUGUGACUGAAAUUUCAUCCUAAUAUACAAAACGUUGAGAAGCACUAUAAAAGGAGAGGAGCUAUAGUAGGUCCAUACAUGACUUUAGAAUUCGAUAGUGAGGAUAUUGAACUCGAGGUUCCAAUUGAGGGUUUGAAAAUUAGAGGCUGGGAAAUACGACCUCUUUUUAGACCACAGCUUGCUCAAGCACGGAUCGACAAUUUUAAACCUGGGCGAAAGAUACCAAGUUGCCAACUAACUGCCAAAUUUAUCGGAUCGGAGGCAGAUGCUGCAACUGUAACUGAGUUGAAUGUUCCUUUGGUCAUCAAAGGAGCCAAGGGGCCAUGCAACAUGAUUGCCAUAGACAUUGAUUUUCCUUUAGCCAUUGAAGGAGCCAAGGAGCCCUGCAACACGAUUGCCAUAGUCAACAGGCAAGAAAAUGAAAGUUCUCUGACUGUUGAAAGAAUAAUGGAAGAAACUGGGAUCACUGAGCAGCAACUAGACAUGAUGCUUGAAGAUUGUGACCGACAGUCGAUUGCCGAGUGCUUUGAUGAUGUCGCCAUAUACCUAGACCAAUUUGAGCUCUCUCCCGCAGACAAAGAGAAUGUUAGACAGCAGCACACUGCUCAAGCUGCAAUGACAGCUGCAUUGAAGUUUUGGAGCCGGAAAAACCCUUACGAAGCAACUCUAAGAAAGUUGCUGGCGAUAAUUAUUAAUCAGAAAAGAGGAGAUACUGCCAUCAAGUGUGUAGCUAAAAUACUCGAAUCAACAGAAAGAAGGUAGACUGUGAUCACUAUUUCCUUGACUCCUCGCAUAUUUACAGUUCUGCACUUUAUUUACUUGUCCACUUACAUGCAUGUAGCUACUAUAGCUUAUUAACACUUUAACAGCAUACGUAACGUAUACAUCACAUGCAUGCAUAUAAUUUGAACUAUAAUAGUUGUGUCAGCAAUCUCAGCUAGUAUGUGAGGUUGGC